AUGACACAAAGAAGGUCAAGAAAACCAAUUAUGUCUGAUAUGUAUCGAUUUACAAAUUCAAAUGAUGAUGAUGAUGAUGAUGAUGAUGAAAAACAUUGGUAUCAUAUACGUUCAUCAUCGCCACCUUCAUCUAUCAGUAUUAAUAAUAAUUUUUCUCAUCAAUUGUCGCCGACAACGAUAGGCUCAUGGGGCUUUGACGUUAAUCGCUCAACAAAUGGACAGACACUGUUAUCAUGUACAUCAAAUAAUAACAACAACAAUGAUCAACAUAUAAUAACAAAAACAACAAAAGAUUAUAAUGAACAUCUUGUUGAUAUGUCAUCAUCAUUAUCUUCUCAAAAUUUUCAAUUACGCACACCAACAUUGACUAGACAUCGUAACGGAAACGAAUUUGCAGCUGUUGAUCGUCUUGUUCUUGGACCAAGUCGAACUAUAAAAUCGAAUCAUUAUCCACCGGAUGAUUCAUUGCCACAACAAAUGAUAUUAACGAAUCAUUCUCGAAGAAGUUCAAAUAAUCAUAGAAAAAUAAAAGCAGAACAAGAACUUAUAGCUUGGCAAAAUCGAAUGUUAGAUAGAGAUCAACAAACUGCUUAUCAAUCACCAAAAUUAAUCAAUAAAAGAAAUGGAUUUCAUUCUUCUCAAUCAUCCAGUCGUCAAAUACCUUCAUCAGUUCGAGCAAUAUCUGCAAUGUCAAAUAUGAGUGAAAGUCAAUAUUUUGAACAUGAUCAUCAUGAAUCAACAAUUAAAUCAGCACGAGUUAUUAAACGAUAUAUUGAAUUACUUUAUCAUUUACAAACAUAUUAUGAACGUAUAACUGAUCAAUUAUUUAAUGGAAAUAAGUUUUUGAGAACAAAUCAAUCAUCUCAAUCAAUAUUUAUAAAUCAUUGUCGAAAAUUUUCUGAACAAUUACAAAAUUUCAAACCAAUUUGGGAAGAAAAAUUAGCAUAUCUUCAAAAUAUACUUAAAGAUAUAUCAUCUUUUCAAUGGUCAACAAUAAAAAGUGAGACAACAUUUUUACAACGUCGUUCAACUUUAAUUAAUUUAAAACAAACAUUAAACACACAAAAAGAUCUUGAUGAUACUGAUUUAUCUAUACGUGUAAGUUAUAUUUAUCGUUCAGAAGAUAAUUGUAUUAAUAAUCGUUUUAAUAAAGCUGUUCAACUUCAAGAUGAACUUUCAACAUUACUUCAACAUCAGUCCUUAUUAAAUGAUUUAACAUCAUUACUUCAAUGGAAUCGUUCAAUCUAUUCACCGAAUGAACAAAAUCGUGUUGAAAAUGUUUUACCAUUAUUACGUGAACAAAUUACAACAACCGAUAGUUAUAUAUCACAUGUUAGUCAGCAAUUAACUGAAUUGGUAGUGAAUUUACGUUCGUUAGAAAAAUAUAUAUUAUCUUAUAUAAAUACAAUACCAUUGAUUGAUGAUGGAAUGGUACCAUCACAAGAUAUACAAUUAAAUCGUAAUCAUUGGCGACUAUAUGAUGAAAAUGAUUUAGAUUCAAAAAAAAUAAAAGAGUCUCGUUUACAAGAAUAUGAUCGAAAUGGAAAUACACAUGAUGAUGAUCUAUCAAAGACAAGAUCUGCUUCAAUGUCUCGUGUGACGAAUUCUGACGAAUUAAAUCAUCAUCAUUUUAGCCGUGACGAUCUACGAAUAUUAACAAAGAAAAGCAAUACACAUGUAAAUGUAAACAAUAGUAAUAAUAAUGAUACAUUAACACGUCUUGCAACAGUUAAAUCAGUUAAACGUGAUAAUAAAACUCAACCAAAUAGUAUCCUUAAACCAUAUCCUCCUACAUCAUCAUCGAAAGAAAGAAAAAAAAACUUUGAUAUUAAUACAAAAGUAUUCAAACCAAAUAGAGUUGACAUACGUGAUCGAUUAAUUGAUUAUGAUAAUGAUGAUCAACAAUUAACAACUAAUGAACAUAUAGGAAUAAUGAAGAGAAAAGAAGAAAUACGAAAAAUGCAUUCAAAACAAAAUAUACAAACAACAAAUGAUCAGGAUUUUAAUGAUGAUUAUAUUCGAUCACAAUUUAAUCAUAGAAAAUUUAAUAAAGAACAUGAAAGAGAUUUGAUGAGACAAUCUCUCUUCCAUAGAAUAGAAGCUUCAGUGUCAAACUUCUGA